GAAAUAGAUUUAAGUAUACAGUAUAGCAGAAUAUUCUAUUAUAGACGAUUAGUCCGAGACAGCAGCAUGGUACCUCGGAGCGCCAUUCAUAAUACGGUCUCCGAAUCUCAUCGUCGUCUCUCACAGUAACCCGAUUUGAAGGAGAAAAGAAAAGGACCCCGAUACUUCUUGCUUUUAGGAGUGUCGCAGAGCGUCCGAUUUUUUGGCGACCCGGCCAGGUAAAUGGCCGAUUACGAGCCGCUACCGGACGGAGACGAAGAGCAGCCACCGGAGGCCAGUAGGAGAGCCGCACGUGUCGCGUCCCUCGACGUCUUCCGCGGCCUUUGCGUCUUCCUCAUGAUGCUAGUUGAUUAUGCCGGCGCGGUUUUUCCAAUCAUUACUCAUUCGCCAUGGAAUGGCAUUCACUUGGCUGAUUUUGUGAUGCCCUUCUUUCUUUUCAUUGCUGGGGUUUCUCUUGCACUUGUGUACAAGAAAGUACCCAACAAAGCAGAGGCUACAUGGAAAGCAGUGUUUAGGGCAGUGAAACUUUUUCUUUUAGGUGUUCUUCUUCAAGGUGGUUAUCUGCAUGGAGUAACUUCCUUGACAUAUGGUGUUGACAUCGAAAAAAUAAGGUGGAUGGGCAUUUUGCAGAGGAUAUCCAUUGGAUACGUUGUUGCAGCUUUAUGUGAGAUCUGGCUUCCAUGUAGGACAUGGAGGGAAGAACGUUUUUUCAAGGGUCACUACUGGCAUUGGUGUAUUGCAUUUUCACUGUCUGUGCUAUACUUGUCGCUAUCAUAUGGUUUAUACGUUCCAAAUUGGGAAUUCACAGUACCAGCCUCGGCCUCUUCUUUGCCUUCAUCAAAUGAUAGCUAUGUUUACAUGAUGAAAUGUGGUGUGAGAGGUGAUCUUGGACCUGCCUGCAAUUCUGCUGGAAUGAUUGACCGUUACAUUCUGGGUGUUGAUCAUCUAUAUAUGAAACCUGUUUACAGAAACCUGAAGGAGUGCAAUGUCCCUGCCAAUGGACAAGUUUCAGAGAGUUCACCUCCAUGGUGUCAUGCUCCUUUUGACCCUGAAGGUAUCUUAAGCUCCUUAACAGCAGCUGUGACUUGCAUUAUUGGACUUCAGUAUGGACACAUUCUUGCUCACUUACAGGACCACAAAGGACGUCUGACUAACUGGUCCUUGCUUUCAAUUUCUUCGUUCGUCCUUGGAUUGUUCCUUACCUUCAUAGGCAUCCCUCUAAAUAAAUCUCUGUAUACAGUCAGUUAUAUGCUGAUUACUUCUGCAUCUGCAGGGAUCACAUUUGGUGCUUUAUAUCUGUUGGUAGAUGUUUACGGUUACAGACGCUUGACAUCUGUGCUGGAGUGGUUGGGACUGCAUGCUUUAAGUAUCUUCGUUCUCAUAGCUUCUAACUUGGCCAUCAUUGCAAUUCAAGGAUUUUAUUGGACUUCUCCUGAAAAAAAUAUCGUUCACUGGAUCAUAACACGUUUUGUGCACACGUGACAUGGUCGUCCAGUUCCUAUGUAUUGGUUAAUCCUUUGGAUCUUCACCUCUGGUCUGAUAUUGUGAUAUCCUACUUCAAUAAUUCCAUUCUUUGUGUUUCUCCUCAUGAUGCUUAAAAUCUUUGAUUUCCAGUUUUAUGAUUUUGAGCACGGGGAAAAAAGAGGGUGGAAAGAAGAGAGUUCCCAUUGUUUUAGCUAACCUUGUUGUAGACUGCUGUGAUUCUCGCAAUUGAGGUUAACCUUCUUCUUCUUCUUCUUCGAGAUCUCCAACCUUGUUGUAGACUGUUAUGGUUCUCAAAAUUUAACCUUCUUCUGAGAGUUUUCAUUGUUGUAGCCAGCAGUGAGUCUGGAGUGUUUUAGUUUAGUCAUUAAAGAACUAUCAGCUUGUAUAGUUUACUCUUCAAAUGUGCAAGAAAAUUUUGUAGUAUUAAUCUUGCUUUAUGGUCUAGCAGCAAAUUUCUGAGUAUACAUAUGAUUAUGAGACAUCUGCUGGAUUGUUGAUUGAAGUACAAUCUGAUAUGGUUUUCUGAA